AUGACUGAAGUGGGACCUGCUACAUUAUCUUCUCCUCAUUAUUUUCUUCCCCACCACGCAGUGAUGAAAGAAUUCAGCUCAACUACGAAGCUACGGAUUGUUUUUGAUGCGUCCUGUAAGACAUCAGACGGAACAUCUCUAAAUGAUCAUCUGUUUAUCGGCCCGAGAUUGCAAGAUGACAUCUUUGACCAUAUAUCUCGAUUUAGGAAACAUAAAAUUGCAUUUACCGCCGACAUUAAUAAAAUGUAUAGGCAAAUUUGGGUUACGCCAAAUGAUUCCUUGUAUCAACUUAUUUUAUGGCGAGACCUAGAAGGGGAUGGGGUUAAGAUAUACCGCCUUAACACGGUCACAUUCGGCACAGCUUCCGCACCGUAUUUAGCAAUUCGUACGCUUCAACAACUUGCAGCAGAUGAGCGAGAUGAUUACCCUAUUGCAUCGAAAAUAGCUCUGAAAAACUUUUAUGUGCAUGAUGUUAUUCACGGAGCAGACUAUGUAGCCGAGGCCUUGGAAAUGCAGUCUCAACUUAUAACAAUGUUGAAACAUGGAGGUUUUCCGUUACGAAAGUGUUCGAGCAACUGUGAGAUGCUACUGACAUCUGUUCCAGAGGAGGACAGGGAAAUACAAGUUCCACUAUCUUUCAGAGAAGAAGAUGCAAUAAAAGCGCUUGGAAUACAGUGGCAUCCGGCAAAGGAUAUUUUUACGUUCAAGAUCGCUCUUCAAGAUCUCAAGACUACUACAAAACGGAGUAUCCUGUCAGAUCUUGCACGUCUUUACGAUCCAAUGGGAUGGAUAGCACCCUGCGUCAUCGUUGGCAAGAUAUUAAUGCAAGACAUAUGGAAGGAAAAACACACCUGGGAUUCUGAACUCCCAGCAACAAUCGUUUCUGCGUGGCAUAAACUGAAGAUGGAACUAAAUACUUUAAAGGCCAUCGAGAUUCCCCGCUGGAUCAACUUCACCAAGGAGUCAAAGAUUGAGGUUCCUGGAUUCUGCGAUGCCUCCGAAAAGGCAUAUGCUGCAGCAAUCUACCUUCGAAUAACCACCGGAAUAAAAAUUUACACAAACCUUAUCGUGGCAAAAACAAGAGUGGCACCUUUAAAAAAUAAGUCCAUAGCUAGUGCACCCUACAUAAGAACCACAUUUGUAGCCAACAGAGUGGCAGAAAUUCAGGAACUUACUGAUCCUCAGCGUUGGAACUACGUUCCAUCUAAGAAAAAUCCAGCGGACAUUGCAUCCAGAGGAGUUUCUCCCAAUGAACUCGUAGAAAACCAUCAAUGGUGGUAUGGGCCCGCAUUUUUACAGGGGUUUGAUGAACAACUUCAUCUUUUAUCCGAAAUAAAAUCUACCGACCUUGAGACCAAAGCGUCGGAGAUAUCAAAAACCAAAAAUGAUUUGAUCGCAUCUGGGUAUCCCAUUAUAAAUAUUUUUCAGCUCUGCGUCCACUUCACGUGUUUCGAAAGAAAUCAAUCGCUAUUUGAACGCUUUUCUUCCUUGAAUCGUCUCUAUAGAGCUGCUGCGUACUGGCGUCGCUAUCUUACCAACUUAAAAUUUAAGGCAAAGAAUAUAACAACUCGCGUAUCUGGACCACUUUCAGUGGAUGAAAUAUCUUCUGCUCGAACGCGAUUGAUUGUUUAUGUCCAGAAAGAGUUUUUUGCCGAAGACAUUUCAAGACUUACAAAAGGUGAUACAGUUUCUAAAAGGAGCAAACUGGCAAGACUUUCACCAAUCGUCGAUGAGAAAGGUAUUCUUCGAGUUGAAGGUCGAUUGGAAAACGCUGAUUUACCCUAUUCACAGCGACAUCCAAUAAUUUUACCUUCGCAAGGUUUUUUAACGUCGCUUAUCGUUCAUGACACUCACAUGAAGUUACUGCAUGGAGGUCAGCAAUUAAUGAUGGCAAUACUUUGUACUGAGUACUGGAUUUUGCACCUAAAAUCGACUGUUAAAAAAUGUAUUCACAAAUUUUUGAAAUGCUACAGGUUUACGGCAACUGAGAUGCAGCAGAAGAUGGGAAAUUUGCCAGCGUUACGUGUCAACCAGGCACGACCCUUUCAGACAUCUGGAGUCGAUUAUGCUGGCCCUGUUCUACUUAAAGCAUGGAGAGGUCGAUGUAGUAAAAUCACGAAAGCAUACAUUGCGAUUUUUAUAUGCUUUUGCACAAAAGCAGUGCACUUAGAGCUUGUAAGCGACUAUGCGACAUCAGCAUUCCUCGCAGCUUUUAAACGUUUCACUGCUCGUCGUGGAAUCUGUACAAAUCUGUACAGCGACUGUGGAACAAAUUUUAAAGGAGCCGCAACCGUUCUUGAAUCAGAAAGAUCACAUAUGUCAAAACAAUGGACCGAAGAUAUAGUACAACGUAUGGAAGCUAAUGGCACCAACUGGCAUUUCAAUCCUCCAGCUGCUCCGCAUUUUGGCGGACUUUGGGAGGCUGGGGUAAAAUCCAUGAAAUACCACUUAAAGCGGAUAAUUGGACAUUACACUCUUACUUUUGAAGAGUACGCGACGAUAUUAGCACAGGAUCUAACCGAAAUAAAAGACAAUUACUUAGACAGAUGGCAGCUCAUGCAGAAGAUCCAACAAAAUAUCUGGAAAAAAUGGAAAUCCGAAUACUUGGUUCGGUUACAACAACGUCCGAAAUGGCUUAAACCCAAUUCAGAACUCAAAGUUGGACAUCUAGUGCUCUUACCCGAUGAACAAACACCUCCCACUCUCUGGCGGUUAGGCAGAAUCACCGAAAUGCACCCUGGAGCAGAUGGAAAAGUUCGCGUUGUUACAGUUAAGACUGCUACUUCAUCAUUUAAACGGCCCAUAGCUAAACUCUGUAUUCUACCUAUGCUAAACGACUCGAAAACACAAACCGACACACACACACUUUAA